AUGUUACACAAGUCGAUUGAUGCCGUUCGUCUUUUGGAAGCCGUUGCUGAGCGACGUUAUUCUGCCUCUGGUCAGCAAGGAUUCACUCUCGUAUUAUUUACCAAGACGUUUUGCAUUUACGAGCUCACUGUACCCACGUUGACCGAGGCUCGUGCUUUGCAACAAUCAUUGGAGGCGUUGUGCAAUGUCGGUAAGUUUCCGUUUCUCCUUCGUUGA